AUGGCUGCCAGACCACAACAUCCAGCUGAUCCAAAAUAUUAUGAAGCACUCAACUGGAUCAAGGAGAGAGUAUCUAGCCGACCGAAAAUCGGUGUUGUUUGCGGCAGCGGCUUGGGAAAAUUUGCAGACACGCUCGAAGACGUCACAAGUUUCGAUUACAAAGACAUUCCUCAUUUUCCAGUUUCUACCGUUGAAGGUCACAAGGGAUGUCUCGUAUUUGGCAAACUCAACGGGAAAGAACUCGUCUGCAUGCAGGGACGAUUCCAUCUCUACGAAGGAUACGAAGCUUCUGCCUGUGCAUUUCCGAUCCGACUUUUCAAACUUCUCGGAGUUGAGAAACUGGCGCUUACAAAUGCUGCAGGCGGUUUGAACCAGAACUACAAACUCGGCGACUUCAUGCUUGUGAAGGAUCAUUUGAACCUCCCUGCCCUUAUGGGUCUUUCCCCAACACUCGGAGUCAAUGAUCUCUACUGGGGACCUCGAUUCAUCAACAUGCACAACUGCUACGACCAAGAGCUCCGAGACCUUGCCAAGAAAGUCGCGGCGGAGAUCGGAGAAGAAAAAAUUCAAGAGGGAGUGUAUCAAUGCCAAGUUGGGCCAUGUUAUGAAACAGUUGCUGAGCAGAAACUCGCUCAAGCUGCUGGCGUGGAUGCUCUUGGAAUGAGCACAGUUUAUGAAGUUGUUGCUGCCCGACAUUGUGACAUCAAGUGCUUCGCAAUCUCAAUGAUCACGAACAUCUGCAAUCCUAGCUACGACGUCGUCACUGAAGUCAACCACGAAGAAGUCAUCGAGUGCGCAACUACUCGAGGCGACGCCAUGGUCAAACUCAUCUCCGCUAUUCUUGACAAGUGGUAA